AUGUCGACAAAGUUAGAGGCUCCUAAUGAAACUAGAAACAAAAGAAGAAGUUCAUGCCUAUCUUCUUGUUUCUCAAGCUCGCCCGUCUAUGAGUCUGAUGAAUUGGAGUCAGCUUUAGAUUCAAAGCUCGAGCUCAAGAGGGAGAAUAGAUCAUGGUUCUCUCGGUCGACGUUCCAUAGCAAGAAGAAGAAGGCGCAGAAGAAGAAGAAGGCAGGGCAUGUUGUCGUCGAUGUCGCUGAAUCUAGUACUCCUUCAGGCAAAGAAAACAAGGACAGACUCCAAAGCCAAAAGGCUAAGAGAAACAAGCACAAGCUCAAACCCCAAAUCCAACAACAGGAACAACGGCUACAAGCCCGCACCAACACUGUAUCACAAAUCACAAGCCUCCCAGAAAUCUCAUUCAAGUACAACUCGAGCAGACCACGAGCCAGAUCGAGACCUGAACCAGUCCAAACCACAACAAGAACACAAGAAACUGGUUCGUCCAAACCAGAACUAGACCGACAUGCAAAACUUGAUCCUACAGUAGGAUUACUAGUGCUUGGAAUCACAUUGGCCACAAUGCUUGUAUGUGGCCGUGUUUGUGCAGUUAUGUGUCUGUGUGCGUGCUUUUAUGUCCUCCCUCUUCUGAGGGGGACACCGACAACGAAAGAAGAUAACGGAUAUACGAAAAAUGAUGAAAACGUGGAUCUGGAAUCCGAGGAAUAUAAGAAGAGAGUAGUUCUUGGAGGCUUGCUGGAGAGAAAUGGCCGGAGACCGUGA